GCUACAAAGGACUUCCAAGCAGCCUCAUUGGAUUACUGACCGCAUCGUUGACAGUCCGCACACGCGGCCGGAGCGAGUGAAGAGUCGCUACGAAGACGCGUCGCAGCGCUGUAGCUCACACGUCGCGAAGGACCCGGAGGCAGUUCGUUGCUCGCAAUCGCUACUGGUGGGGAGGCGAUUCUGCGGGAAGCUGGACUGGGCUGCCCCCACGCAGGGCCUCAUCUACUACCACGGAGGGCACUACACCUAUGAGCCCGACCUGUGCGUGCUGAGGCGUCUGGGGCGAGAUGAGGCGCAGGCGUGCAUGGCGGACGUGGGGCCGGUGCUGUUUGCGGGGGACUCGGUGACGCGGUACCAGUUCAUGACGUUCAUGCACUUCCUUGCGUCCGGCAAAUACCAGCACCCCUUUGAUGGCAGCCAGAGCCUUUCGGACGCCACAGAGCAUUGGCAGACGAAGUUGCUAAAUCAAUACGACCAGCUGUGGGCGCACGCUGGGGACCAGGUGGAGGAGCACGGCAGCAGCGGCAGCGGCCUGCACUACACCCACAACAGGUCGGCGCACCUAGAGCGCGCGCACCUGAGUUUGCGGCUGCAAGCAGACACCAGCCGCAAGGCGCACCUCUACUAUUACUACUUAGGCAGGGGCCUGGACGAGAUUACAGGCGCUAUCAAAUGGGCCAUGGGCCAGCGGCAGGAUUGGAGGUACCUCAUCGUAAACGUGUGUGCGCACUACGAGAAGAACCGCAUGGGAGACAUCUCCGGGGACGUGAUCGCUGCGGUGCAAUGGGCCCAUGAAACCUACACCGCGGCCUUUGCAGAGGCGGGCACGCAGCUGGUGUGGAAGAGCUGCACCACACCUCAAGACAACGUAAGGGAAAGGUUGGAUGAGGAGGAGCGAAAGAUUGCAGAGUAUGCGGCAGCCACUGGCUCUUUGCUUGUCUAUGACACGCGGACAGUCAUCCAGGCGGCGACCAACCAGCACCUGGUCACGACGUGGAGUCCCGGAGAGGUGCAUUACCUGCAGUUCAUGUACGAGCAGUGGAAUGACCUGCUGCUCAACAUCCUGUGCCCUGAUCGUGAAGGUGCUGCUAGUGCUGCAGGUGCUGCGGAUCCUGAUUGUGAAGGUGUGCCGCCGCCAUCGGGGGCUGAGGGGGAAUGAGGAUGCGUCGGGGUAAGGUCUCGUCAGG